AUGAAUGACUGUUACCCAGGUGGCUCCUUGUUUGCAUCCUUCACCUUCCUCAUGAAGUUCGCCCUCCCCCUCAGCUCCGCCAGGAUGGCCCUGCGGUCUCUCAUCUUCAUGGGCAUCCUGAACGGCCCCUCACUGCAGAAGCCCCUGGCUGCUGAGGAUGACAGUGGGGGGCACCAUGGGAACACGGGCCUGAUCCAAUGCGGGGAUUACAGCAACCAGGUCCUGCCCAAUGGCCGGUGUAAGAUUGUCGCCACCUUGCCGCAGAUGGAUGAGCAGAGGUGCCCGGAUAUGUUCCGCUGCACGGACGAGGUCUCCUACUGGCUCCAUGAGAAUGAAGAGCGCAAGCAGCAGAUCCUGGAGCUGCGGGAGCUGAUCUCUGAGCUGCAGGAGGAGCUGAGGAACCACCGGCAUCGCAUCAAAGUCCUAGAGCUGCAGCAUGAGGAGAAGAACAGCCGGAACUCCACGGUGGAGCAGCGGGUCCAGGAGCUGGAGCAGCAUUACAACGAGGCCAGCACGCUACAGCACAUCCAAGCCACGCUGCUCUACGACAUGCAGGCCCAGAUCCACAACAUCUCCCUGCUGACUGAGUGGGUUCGGCGCAAUCCCGGCUGCCUCGUUCCUGCCGAGAUGAGGUCGCUGCAGGAGAUGCACCAUCCAGACGUGAAGCACGCAAAGAACUGCCCAAUAGACUGUGCUUCCAUUUACUACAACGGGAUCCGGAGGUCUGGAGUCUACAGCAUUAUGCCCUCCGUUGGUGGGAUGCCUAUAGAAGUGCUGUGUGAAAUGGACACGGAAGGUGGAGGUUGGACUGUCAUCCAGCGGCGGCAGGAUGGCUCGGUCAACUUCACCCAGACGUGGAACGAGUACAAAGACGGCUUUGGGGAUUUAAACAGUGAGUUCUGGCUGGGUAACGAGAACAUUCACAAGGUGACGAACCAAGGGGACUACUCGCUCCGCAUUGAUUUGGAAGACUGGAACAACAAGCACAAGCACGCCUUCUACCAGAUCUUCAGCAUUGAGGAUGAGGCAAAUGAUUACCGCCUGCAUGUGGAUGGCUUCAGUGGGACAGUAGAGGAUUCAUUUGCCUGGUACCACAACAAGAGGAGUUUCAGCACGCCCGACACGGGGAACAUCUGUGCCGAGAUCUCCCACGGAGGCUGGUGGUAUCAUCAGUGCUUCUUCUCCAACCUCAAUGGAGUGUACUACAAGGGGGGCAGGUACUCCACAAAAAACCGCAAAAUCCUGGGGCCAGACGGCAUUGUGUGGUACACGUGGAAAGACUCUGAUUACUACUCCCUGAAGAAAGUCACCAUGAUGAUCCGUCCACGUACCUUCCGACCCCAUCUCUCCCCAUGA